AUGGCUAUCAUCAGCCUGCUUGCAGUUCCACCCACUGAACCUAACUUUCUCAGGACAUUCACUAGACAGCCUCCAACAACACAUGCCCCGUUGCAGUCACCCACAAGUGGCUGUGCUCCCUAUCUUGGUCUUGUACAAUGCUCAGCUGUUGUCACCAAGCCUGCUUGUAUUCAAGCUCCAAUUAGGCGAUCAGCAAACUACCAACCUCCCAUUUGGGCAGACGAUUAUGUUCAGUCACUGAGAAGUGAUUUUGAGUUGAAAAUGAUGAUUGAGAAAGCAACGGAACCACUGGAUCAGCUAGAGUUGAUCGAUAACUUGCAAAGGCUAGGGGUUUCUUAUCACUUUGAGGAUGAAAUCAAGAGGAUUUUGGAGAACAUUUAUAGCAAUAAUAAGUGGCAGAAAGAAGAUUUAUAUGCCGCUGCUCUUCGAUUUAGACUCCUGAGACAGCAUGGUUACGACGUUCCUCAAGUGGUAGGUGAAAGUAUCUUGGAGAGGGCAAGAGAAUUCACCACCAAACUUUUGAAGGAGAAGCUUGAUGAGCAGAAAAUGGAUCAAAAUGUUGAUGUUUUAGUGCACCAUGCCUUGAAGCUUCCUCUACAUUGGAGGAUGCUAAGGUUGGAAGCAAUGUGGUUCAUAGACUUGUACGAGAAAAGACCAGACAUGAAUCUUGUAUUACUGGAAUUUGUGAAAUUGGACUUCAACAUAGUGCAAGCAACACAUCAGAGCGAUCUAAGAUUUGUCUCAAAGUAA